GUUAGUCGACACCGUUUAACUAACAAACAGCCAAAAUGUCUAAGAGAGGUCGUGGUGGUGCCGCCGGCAACAAGCUGAAGAUGUCGCUCGGUCUUCCUGUUGGAGCCGUCCUCAACUGCUGCGACAACUCCGGUGCUCGUAACCUCUACAUCAUCUCGGUUAAGGGCAUUGGUGCGCGUCUGAACCGUCUCCCCGCCGCGGGUGUUGGUGACAUGGUCAUGGCUACCGUCAAGAAGGGAAAGCCUGAGCUCCGUAAGAAGGUCAUGCCUGCUGUUGUCGUCCGUCAGAGCAAGCCCUGGAGACGGCCGGACGGUAUCUACCUCUACUUCGAGGACAACGCUGGUGUUAUCGUCAACGCUAAGGGUGAGAUGAAGGGAUCUGCCAUCACCGGUCCCGUCGGUAAGGAGGCUGCUGAGCUCUGGCCCCGUAUCGCUUCCAACUCCGGUGUCGUCAUGUAAAAAGGGAAUCCGAAAAUUGAUAUGGAUGGAACGAUACCAGCUGGGCUUAUGGGUUGCAUAUGAAUUUAAAGCAAUUAAAAAAAUGGAAAAAGGCGCUUUGAAUUUAUCCCUUUUUAAGCAGCCAUUUCAUGUUUUCCUUUUUUUUUACUCGCCCCGGAACUCGAUAACUUCUUUUUUACCUUAUUCCUCUUUUCUUAUAAUGGCGACUCGGAGAAUCCAAAAAAAUCUUUCAAAAUUCUUAUCCAACUUCUUGUGGUUUGUAGUAAUAAUAGUUUUUAUCCAUGUAUGAAUAACAAUUCGUGACAACCGUAUCCAAGUACACCAUAAGUGCC